AUGGUCUGGCUGUCGUCACGAGAUUUGCACCUCGCUGGGACUUCUAAGAAGCUGAGCCCGAGAUAUGUCGGUCCGUUUGCUGUGGAUGCUGUGGUGAAUCCGGUCUCUGUCAGGCUGAAGCUUCCGAACUCCAUGAAGGUCCACCCUGUUUUCCAUGUCUCCCUGCUCAAACCGGUCUCCACCAGCCCCUUAAACCCCCGCCAGUGCCUCCUCCUGCUCCUCGUGGGGUCGACGGUGGGCCAGUGUAUACGGACUUUUCCAAAAAGAGAAAAAAAAUAUGAAAAAACACCAAAAGCGUAUGAGGAACUGCCACUCAUGUUGGCUGGUCUUGGAAAGCGUUCACUGAGCAUAUCAGAAAAUAUGACACAUUCAGAGUUUUCAGAGUUGCUUGUGAGUGCUUAUCCAAAAUUGGCAAACAUCUGUGGUGGCUGGAUGCUACACAAGUCUACAGGUGGGGGUGGGCAGCAGAGCUUAAUAGUUGUUCCUCCAGAUCUUCACGGAUACACUGGCCAACAGCUAAGAGCUGUGAGCGGUACUGGAAAGUACACAUUGUACAUUUUACCUUUACAAGACGAACUUGAUACAGUUCCAUUACCACUCGAAGCAAAAGAGUUUGAAAAUAUGCCCAAAGUCCAGUGUACAACCUGCAAGAAAAUGAUUCCACUUCAGAUUCUUCCAGUACACAUCAAGGAAUGCAAUUCUGAGGAAAUCUUGGAAUGGAUCACUGGUCAAAUUACUGACACCAGCACAUUUUCCAUUUGUGUGUCACGAAUGGACCUCUUCAGCAGAGGCAUGCAACAGUGGCAACAUCAGAAGAAGAGCUCACCUAAAUCUAGACUUAAGGUCACAUUCAUUGGUGAGGCAGGCAUCGAUACUGGAGCCCUUACCAAAGAAUUCCUUACAGAAAUGCUAGCAGAGAUUGAAAAUACACUCUUUGUUGGAAGGUCAGAUAAAAAAGGGAGGAAUCCAGUUUAUUGUCUCAACAGUUUGGACUCAAGCUACUUCAGGAGUGCAGGAGAAAUCAUGGCAGCUAGCCUGGCACAAUGGGGACCUUGUCCUAGCUUCAUGCGGGAGUGGUGCUUCAGGUAUCUCUGCUCUGGAGACGCGGAUAACAUAAAAGUGUCUGCCAGUGAUGUGACAGAUAUUGAACUGUCACAUCUUAUGGAGAAGAUUAACACCGCAACGAAUGACACUAUCAGUGACCUGGUUGAUGAUGUAGGGACCUGCGGAUACACUGGAGUCGUGUCUUUAGAAAACCAAAACAGCAUGUUGAGAACUGUUAUGCUUCACUCCACCAUGAGAGUCAUCCCAAUGCUGGACCAACUCCGAAGAGGCCUGCAGCUUUAUGACCUACCAAAAAUCAUGAGGACUCAUCAAGACCUUAUUUUACCACUUUUUGUUCCAGGAAACGACGAUGAUAAGAUGGAUGCAGCCUUCCUUAUGGAGAGAAGCCGCCCUGCCUUCAGUGAGACUGGUUCAGUCAAGUACCAAAAAGAAGUCAAUAUCAUUAACUUUCUCCACGACUACCUUCAGGAGAUUGAGGAUUUUGAACCAGAGAGCCCCAGCAAUACUUCAGAAGACCUGACUGUGGGACGUGUCAUGCAGUGGAUGACUGGUCAGAGGCACAAGCCUGUUCUGCCCAGUGAAAAAAAUGACUUUAUUAUUUCAAUCAAUUUUAACCAUGACUUUGACAACACACACAGCAUUUGUUUUCCCACUGUAAGCGCCUGUACUCGAACUGUGACAUUCCCUUCAGCACAUUUGAACAAUUAUGCUGAAUUUAGAAAUAACAUGACCCUAGCCAUAUUCCACGGGCAAGGUUUUGAGCUGGUGUAA